AUGGACGUCGCGGUCGUACGACGCUGCGAACAGGAACUGGGCUUCAGCACGCCACUGAACUAUUUGUAUAAGUUUACCUAUCAGGCAAAUUUUCAGGAUCUCGGCAGCGAGCACGAACUAUGCUCCGUGUAUGUGGGGCGAUACGAUGGCGAACCAAACCCGAACAGCACCGAAAUAGACGCCUGGCGCUGGGCCGACCCGGGUGAACUGGACACCGUGCUGUCAGACCCUUCCGAGCCGUUUACACCCUGGUUCAGGUUGGAAUGGACACGCCUGAACGAAGAAUUUGCCGAUGCCCUUCCGGCACGAGAAUGCAUGGCGCGUUCCAAUAGCAACAGCCCCAGUAAAACUGGUGGUAUCGGCAUCAGCGGUUUUGCCAGCUAUCUGCCUCCACAUCGCGUGCAGCUGGCCCAGUGGUGCCAGUGGACGGGUGAUCAAUUUGAGAAAAUCCGCAAUGUUGUGGGCAACAGCUUCCGCAUGCGCGGCGCCAACGAAAACGCAUACACCAUGGCUGCAACAGCUGUAUUGCGACUCAUCAAACAAUAUGACAUCAACGCCAAUCAGAUCGGUUUUCUUGGUCUUGGCACAGAAUCCAGCACGGACAAUUCCGCUGGCGCCAUUAUCGUUAAAGGCAUGGUGAACCAGGCUCUGCGCGACAUGGGGCAAGCGCCCAUCAGCCGAGCCUGCGAAGUUCCGGAAUUCAAACACGCCUGCCUGGGUGGCGUAUACGCCAUGAAAGCAGCGACGCGCUAUCUGGCCACCGACGGCCGCGACCGUAUUGCCAUUGUGGUCUGUUCAGAUAUCGCCGAAUACGAGCGCGCAUCCAGUGGCGAACCCACUCAGGGCGCAGGCGCGGUAGCCAUGCUUAUUGAACCCGAAGCCAAGCUUUUGAGUGUGGAUCUGGAAACCAGCGGCAGCGCUUCAGCCUAUCGAGGCCCGGAUUUCCGCAAACCUUUUGUACGUUUUAUGGGUCAGAGCCAGGGCCCUUACCUGCAGCCGCGGGAUUUUCCGGUAUUUAAUGGCAAGUAUUCCACAACCUGUUAUAUCGACGAAGUGCUGGCUGCCGCGCGGGACCUGUUUGGCAGGGUUAAAGAAAAACCGAGCGCUUUCAUGCGUGGCAUGGUGGCCAGUUUUCUGCACCGGCCUUAUCAGCGUAUGGCAGAGACCGGUCUUGCAUUCACAUUCCUGUUAGCCCUUGCGCUUGGCGACGCAGACGACCAUAAGGAAUUAUUACACUACGCCCACGGUGCUGAUGUUGAUCCAGACCAGUUAAUCAGCGAACUGACCACAGAAACGGAUGUUUACCGCUUAGUCGAAGAAGGUAAUAUCAGCGAAGAGCUUUUCCCCAUAUCCAGCAAAACGGCGAAACACUUCCGCACCACAGAUCGAUUUGGUGAGCUGAUGACAGCCCUGGGCGAGCAGGAAAUGAAAGAAGUCGGCAACCUGUACACGGCCUCAUUACCCGCAUGGAUGGCGGCCGGCAUGGAACAUGCGUUACGCAACGGUAUGGAUGUGACAGGCAAAAGCAUAUUGACCAUUGGUUAUGGCAGCGGCGAUGCCGCUGAGAUCAUUCCCAUGACGUUUGUCGAAGGCUGGCAAGAGGCCGCAGAAAAGAUUGGCUUUGCAGACAGUCUGGCAGAUGCUAACGACCUUAUUGAGUCAGACUAUAUCAGGCUGCACGAUGCGGAUCAGGUUGCACUUACUACCGAGGUCAGCGGCGUAUUCCAUAUUGAUCACGUUGGUCAGGGCAAUACCAGCCACGACAACCGCGGCAUUGAGCAUUACAAACUGACCAGUUGA